CUUUGGGCUGAAGUCCAAGGAAGUGCCAGCUUAUUCCUUUGAGAGAGCUGUUGUUGCUGCAGAUGCAGAGAGAUGUUCAGAGAUUGGCAGGGAUAUUCUGAGGCAGAAUGCCUCUGCUGUAGAUGCUGCCAUUGCUUCCUUGCUCUGUAAUGGACUCAUGAAUGCACACAGCAUGGGGAUCGGAGGAGGCUUCUUCAUGACUAUUUACAAUGCACACACAGGAAAAAUUGAAACUAUUAAUUCCAGAGAAGUGGCCCCUGGCAAUGCAUCAAGAGAUAUGUUUGUCAAUAAGACGGAUGGGGUGUCUUAUGAAGGAGGAUUGUCCAUAGCAGUUCCUGGUGAAAUCCGAGGAUACCAACUGGCACAUCAACGGCAUGGACGGUUACCAUGGAAAUGGUUGUUUGAGCCAAGCAUCAAACUUGCCACAGAGGGAUUCCCCAUUAGCCAGGCCCUUGCAGAUGCUGUAAAGAAAUAUAAGGAAGACAUUGAGAAAGACCAAUCUUUAUGUGAAGUAUUUUGUAAUUCAGAUGGUAGAAUACUCCGGGAAAAAGAAAUCAUCAAAUUUACAAAGUUAGUAGCAACCUAUCAGAUUCUUGCUGAUGAAGGACCUGAUGCAUUUUACAAUGGAUCUCUUUCCCAACAAAUCGUGAACGAUAUUAGGAAUGCAGGUGGGAUUAUAAAUCUUCAGGACCUGAAAAACUACACACCUCAAUUAUCUGAAGAUGUGAUAAACAUAUCAGUUGGAGACGACACAUUGUUCGUGCCCAGCGCUCCCUCCAGUGGGCUUGUGCUUGGAUUGAUACUGAACAUCCUGAAGGGCUAUAAUUUUACUCCAGACAGUGUUUCCUCUCCAGAACAGAAGGCCCUGACAUAUCACCGAAUAGUUGAAGCCUUUAAAUUUGCAUAUGCAAAGAGAAGUAUGUUGGGAGAUCCACGAUUUGUCAACGUGACUGAGCUCAUUUCCAAUAUGAUCUCAAACUAUUUUGCAACACAGCUUUGGAGUAAAAUCACAGACAAUACGACGCAUUCUAUAAGAUACUAUGAGCCUGAUUUCUACACGACCGAUGAUCAUGGGACUGCCCACUUGUCCCUUGUAGCAGAGGAUGGCAGUGCAGUGUCAGUAACCAGCACCAUUAAUUUCUACUUUGGAUCGAAGGUGAGGUCCAGCACAAAUGGGAUUAUUUUCAAUAAUGAAAUGGAUGACUUUUCUUCGCCGGUCAUUUUGAAUGGAUUUGGUGUUCCACCUUCCCCAGCCAACUUUAUCAAGCCAGGUAAGACACCCCUAUCUUCAAUGUGCCCUGCCAUUAUACUUGAUAAAAACAAGUCAGUGAAGAUGGUGGUGGGAGCUUCAGGAGGAUCAAAAAUCAUCACAGCAACUGCUCUGGUGAUAAUGAACAUGUUGUGGUUUAACUACAAUGUUGAGAGGGCUGUGACUGAACCCAGAGUUCACAAUCAGCUAUUCCCCAGUGUGAUUGAAGUUGAGGAAGCUGUGGAGAAGGCUGUACAAGAAGGUUUGCAGGAGAGGCACCAUACAUUGAAGAUGAUAACCAAGCUUACAUCAGGGGGUGUCAUCCAGGCUAUUGUCAGAGAUGAAGGAAAGUGGUUUGCUGAAUCAGACUAUCGAAAAGGUGGCAAACCUGCAGGUUACUGA